AUUCAGUAACCCGAACUACGCGUCCCGCUCUAGAUUAAAAAUACAGACACAUAUGCGAAUGAAUGAACAAAAACACUCGGGGCUCCAGCAGAGCGUCUGGUCAGAUGAAAGAGACAUUUCGAGUUUUAAUGAACAUGUUUGUGUUCUUUUAGAAUAACUGUCAGAAAUGGAAAAAUUAUUAACAGAAGUUUUGCCAGCUUCUGUUAAAGUUUGAAUUAGUUGACGCUGGACAUGCCUGCAGAUGGUCAAAUCAUGGACUUAUCUCGAACGCUGGAAAGAGAAAAUAAUAUGAAUGGGUCAGUAAAGCAGGUGCUCUUGGAUGGAUGUGUGCCUUUCUCUCAUCAGGUGGCCGGACAUAAAUGCGGGAUCAAUAACACUGGUGUUCUGCAGCAUCCUGAUGGAACGAUCCUGAAACAGCUACAAGCUCCUCCGAGAGGCCCACGAGAGAUGAACUUCUACACACAGGUAUUUGCUAAAGACUGCACAGAUAAAAAGUUACUUGACCUGCAACAACAUCUUCCCAAGUUCUAUGGCACAUGGAGGCCACGAGAGUCACCACACGAGCUGUAUCUGAAACUGGAGGAUGUGACGAGGAGGUUCUUACGGCCCUGCAUCAUGGAUGUGAAGAUCGGGAGGAGAAGUUACGACCCGUUUGCAUCAAAAGAAAAACGUGAAGAACAGAUUAACAAGUAUCCUCUGAUGGAAGAGAUCGGGUUCCUGUUACUGGGCAUGAGGGUGUACCAGAUCGACUCAGACAGUUACAUUACUCAUGACCAGUUCUAUGGACGCAGUCUCGGAAAAGACAGCAUUAAAAAUGGUCUGACUAGAUUCUUCCAUAAUGGUCAAGAAUUACGGAGGCAUGCAGUUUCUCUGAUCAUCUCUAAAAUCCGAAACAUUCUCCGCUGGACUCAGCUGCAUUUCUACGCCAGCUCUCUGCUGCUGGUGUAUGAAGGCUCUCCUCACACAGUCAAUGGAUCCAAACAUAAGCCUGCUGAGCCAGGAACAGAACAUCAGCAGGGGGAGCCACAGAGCAACUCUAACAACUCAUACAGUCACCCAUACUGCCAGGACGUUCAGCAUGAGAGGAACGCCAACGGAAAGUGUGGCGGAAGUGUAGAAGAGAAAGAUGAGGAAAUUGGAAUGGGGGAUAAGAGGCAGUUUGGACAGGAGGAGGCAGUGGAGGUGAAGAUGAUCGAUUUUGCUCAUGUAUUUCCCAGCGAUAAUCCGGAUGAGAGCUACAUGUACGGACUGAGGAACCUUCUCUCAACUUUAGAACAAAUACUGAAGGACUGACAUCUGACCUCCUGAGAGAGUCCUUCUCUCACUUUCUUUCUGGUCUGAUAGUUCUGUCUGUUGUUUUAAAGCCAUUGCAGGUCAUUUCACACACAUACACAAACAUUGCUGAUGCCUUAAAUUGGAUAGUAGGUUUAUUAUAUAUUUAUAGGGAUAUUUUUCCUUAUCUUUUGAGAUGAAAGAGUUCAUUGUAAACGUACUGGAUUUUUGUUGGCUGUCAACAUUUAAUAAUUACAAAAAAUAUAGGUACUAUAGAACUCAGGGAAAAAUAAUAAUAGAUUAUGAUAUGAUAAAGCAGUUCAUCUGUGCUGUCAAAACACUUUUACAAUGUGAGCUACAGAUGUCUCAUAAUGACUCCACUUCUGAUGCAACUAUUGAUGUUUUUAUUCCAAAAAUGCACUUUUUGAUUCCAAAGUAAAUUAUAGUUAUAUUUAUUUUUAACAUUUGUGUUUACCUUAUCUUACUGCCCAAAAAAUCUACAUCAACCUACCUUUAAAAAAAGAAAUUUAAUGUUGGCUGAUAUGAGUCUGUAAAAACAAUGUGUUUAAAUGAUAUUGUUUUUUUUAGAUCUUGUAUUUUUUAGGAACGUUUAUUGUUUGAAAAUAAGAAAAGUUCCCAAGAAGAUGUUCAGUGUUUUUCAAAUGAACUUGAAAUUAUACAA